CUCUGAACACUUGUCUGAUUUCUUUCUUUUUCUUAAUUUCAAAGCGAAGAGAGAGAAAACAAAUCGAGGAUCUGAAUCGUCUUCUUCAAUAGGAAAGAAAAACACACUCGUUCACAUGACACACAAAAUUCACAUAUAAACAUUUAUUCUCACAGUCUCUUAUCUCUUGACUUGUUGUUUUAAUUUUUUUUUUUUGCUUUUAAUCCCCUAGAUCUUUUAACAGUAAGAUCACCAAGGUUUCAUUUUUGAGAUCUGGGCUCGUACAAAGAUUCUAUUUUUAUCUACCCAUCUUCUCUUCCAUUACCAAUUCUGCUGGAAUCAAACAGCUUGCGGAGCAAAAGGAAUCACGAGGAAGAAAGUCUUGAUUACGUCGAACGUGUGGGGGGUGAGAAUCUCUUUAUAGUCACUCACAACAACAACGUGCACUUGCUCCCUUAAAACAAGGUUUACACCAAAACGUUUUUAGCUCAAUGUGUAAAAGAUAGUUAAUAAAGAUUCAAACUUUAUUCGAUCCAAUGGGGGAGACACAGAACCUCCACUUGCCUCUCCGUAACCGCUCUUCAUUAAAGAAGCCCUUACUAAUCGUUCUACUAGUCUGCAUCACGAGCAUCCUCUUGGUCUGCACUUACAUGUACCCACAGCACAAAGUCAAGAGCCCCGCUUGCGAGGGCUUAUCCACCAGAGGCUGCCAAGCUGCUCUCUCCGGAUGGCUUGACGUUCACGUCAGGAAACACACUGACGAGGAAGUCGCGGCUCGAGUUGUGAUCAGAGACAUACUCAGAACACCUCCCGCUCUGACCUCUAAAUCGAAGAUAGCGUUCAUGUUCUUGACCCCUGGUACUCUGCCGUUUGAGAAGCUGUGGGAUAAGUUUCUCCAGGGUCAAGAAGGGAGGUUCAGUGUUUACAUCCACCCGUCGAGGCUGAGACCGGUUCACAUCAGCCGUCACUUUUCGGACCGGGAGAUUCAUAGUGAUCAGGUCACGUGGGGGAGGAUCUCUAUGGUUGAUGCUGAGAGACGGCUUCUUGCAAAUGCUCUUGAGGAUCCUGAUAACCAGCACUUUGUUCUUCUUUCUGAGAGCUGCAUACCGUUGCAUACGUUUGACUACACUUAUAGAUAUUUGAUGCAGGGUAAUGUCAGCUUCAUUGACAGUUUUGAGGAUCGUGGACCUCAUGGGACAGGGAGACACAUGGAUCACAUGUUACCUGAAAUCCCAAGGCAAGAUUUCAGAAAGGGUGCUCAGUGGUUCACAAUGAAGCGUCAACACGCUUUGAUAGUGAUGGCUGAUAAUCUCUACUACUCUAAAUUCCGCCAGUUCUGCAGACCAGGGGUAGAAGCAAAUAAGAACUGCAUUGCGGAUGAACAUUACCUACCUACAUUCUUCCAUAUGCUUGAUCCGGGAGGAAUCUCGAACUGGUCAGUCACAUAUGUUGAUUGGUCUGAGCGUAGAUGGCAUCCUAAGACAUACAGAGCUCGCGAUAUCUCACUCAAGUUCUUGAAAAAUAUCACGUCUGAUGACGUGAGUGUACACGUGACAAGCGUUGGCAAGCGUGGAGAAGAGCUUCAUUGGCCAUGUACAUGGAACGGUAUAAGAAGACCAUGUUACUUAUUCGCAAGGAAGUUCCACUCAGAUUCUGUUAACAAACUUGUCAGACUCUUCCCAAACUACACCAGCACAGUGGUCUGAGAGAGAGGGAGAUGAAGCCUGACUCAAGUUCUCGAAACUGAACCAUACUAUUCUUGAAACAGGAACGAAACACUUCCUGAUUAUCUUGAGAUUGGAUUGGAUGGCUAAAUUUUUCUAAAGAAUCUGAAAAUGCUUGUUGAUGAGACAGGUUACUCUGCUUUUAGUAUAAGCAGGAGUUUUUUUGGUUACGGAUUGGUUAUUUAUGAUGUUAACCAUGGUUCGGUUAGGGUGUACCGUUUUAUGUUGUUGUAACUUGAGCUAUUUGUAGUUUUAAGCACAAAGAGUGGAAUACAUUUACUAUGUUCUAGAGCCUGUGUACAAAUAUUUGUUACUGUUUUAUAUCCCUGACUUGUCUCA